GUGCCGCUGUCGCUAGUCACGCUUAAAUUGGUACGGCGACACAAAUGGGAAGUGCAAGUUUGAGCCUUUGAUAAACUGCAGUUGUUUUUCGCUGAGAGCGUCUCAUUUUUUUUUCAAAUCACCUACAAAAUGAGCUUCGGUAAUACCUGCUUGAAGACCAUCAGUGCUAUAUUCCAAACAACUUUUAUAAUUGCUGGACUGGCUCUAGUAGCGUAUGGAUCAUUCACAGCUUACAUCAUCCUUGUCACAAAUAGUGAACAAGUUAUAAAAGAAUACGUUACCAUUCUUCCGUCGGCAAUUACGAUACUCUUUGGACUGGUACUAGUGAUAUUAGUAAUCGUAGGCUGCUGUGGGAUUUGUAGAGAAUCAAAAUAUUGCGUCGAAUCAUACGCCUCAUUUCUAAUUUUGCUGGCCUUCUCACAGCUGGCUUUUGGAGGAUACUGCAUUAUCGUUUAUGGAAAUCCUAACUACACAAGAAGCUUAUCCAUGCGAAUAAGCGCAGACAUAGAAAAUGCCGUAACAAAUUAUAAAGACAACCCCGAAAAGAUGGACAACAUACAAAAUUGGAUGAAAUGUUGUGGUCACGUAAAUGCCGUAAACGAGUAUAAUUUCUACCGUGGUCAAUUGCCGAACCAAAGUGAACUACCCCCUUCCUGUUGUGGCGGAUCAAUCGUGACCUGCACUUUUGACACAAAUGAGCUUCACACCAAAGGUUGUUCCGAAACCGUCUCACAAUUCACGAUCGUGACGAACUACAUUAUGGGGUGGAUUUCUGUGGUCGUUGGCAGCACUGAGCUAAUCGCUGCUUUAUUGGGAAUAUGUCUGUCCUGCUGUAUAUGGAGGAACCAAAUUGGGAGCUGGAGAUAACUGCUAGUUGCACAAUUUACCGUAAAAUUGUUUUACUGGGAAUUGUUUUCAGUAAGACUUGACCAAAUAUGUAAAAACAGCAUAAUUUAACUAUGCCUUUGCCAAUUUGACAAGUUGUUAAUUUAGGCGUUUUUUGCAGUUGAUGAUAUUGCAAUCUCAGAUGUCAUUUCUGACAAUAUCAGAAAGAUAUAAUCAAAUUUAGCCAAUUAUAUUGUACUAUAAAAAAAUUCUUAAUAAGAAACUUAUGUUUUUUUUAAUUACUUUAUUACAUGUUGAUAACAUCUCGAAUCAAAAGUGUCAUCAAAAGAGGGAAUUUGCGUUUAUUACGAUUAUGCAGAAUGACAAAGCAAGACAAGACAAUAACUGGAAUAAAAAUCGAAUUUUUAAACACAUAGAAAGGAUAAUUUUACUCGUUUAAUAAUUGUUCAAGUAUUUCUUAGAUGUACCUAUAUCAGCUCAAUAAACUCUGAUGCCAAAAAUUUGCACACUGAAGAAUAAUAUAUAGCCUAUUAUAGCCUACAAUAUUUUGAUCAAAACGCUUUUUUUCAAUAUGUAACUCAGCUAUACACAACUAAGGUAAAUAUGAUAAUAAUAUGUAUCUGUAAAUUAAUUAUGUUGUCACUAGUUUUAUCGGAUUUAUUUAACUACAAAGAAUUCAUAAUAAUUGUGCAUGUUUUGAUCACCAUUCAUUAUAGUCAUUUAUUCUAAGCAUGAAUUUUAAAUUUAUGGGUGACAUUUUAUAAUACAAUGGAUUCAUUAGGGUCCAUUUAUUGUGAAUUGUUAUUCGUUAUUAUUUUUACUCAGUUUAAUAUUUAAGUAUAUUGUUAGAAUAAUAAAAUGUUUAUCAAAUUGUUGAUAUUAUAGCUUUUAAGAGAUCUUUUCUACGAAAGGUUGUAAACAUUAAUUUUGUUUAUGCUAUAAAAAUUCCUCUAUAA